CCGGUCAAAUACACGUGCUGUGCUGCGACGUCACUGCCGUUAGUCCCGGGAACCAAUAUGGCGAACAUCAGAUGCGUCAAGGGUAUGGUUGGCCUGGUGACGGGCGGUGCGUCUGGUCUGGGCCGGGCCACGGUGGAGCGUCUGGUGCAGCACGGAGCGUCUGCUGUGAUCCUGGACCUGCCUUCUUCUGAUGGACCGGCUCUGGCAGCCAGUCUCGGGGACCGCUGUGCCUUCGCUCCUGCAGACGUGACGUCGGAGGCAGACGUGCAGUCGGCGGUGUCCCUAGCGAGGGAGAGGUUCGGGAAGCUGGACCUGGCGGUUAAUUGUGCCGGCAUCGCUGUCGCCGUUAAAACCUACAACUUCAAGAAGGACGUCCCUCACAACCUGGAGGACUUCCAGCGAGUUAUCAACGUGAACAUCGCGGGAACCUUCAACGUGAUCCGCCUCGCCGUGGGCGAGAUGGGGAAGAACGAGCCCGACGCAGACGGACACAGAGGCUGCAUCAUCAACACGGCCAGCGUGGCGGCCUUUGACGGACAGGUCGGCCAAGCAGCGUAUUCAGCUUCUAAAGGAGGCAUCGUUGGAAUGACCCUCCCCAUCGCACGAGAUCUGGCGCCCAUGGGCAUCCGGGUCAUCACCAUAGCACCCGGUCUGUUCUCCACUCCGCUCCUGGCCGGUCUCCCCGAGAAGGUGCGCUCCUUUCUCGCCCGCCAGGUGCCCUUCCCCUCGCGCCUGGGAGACCCCGCUGAGUUUGCCCACCUGGUGACAUCCCUGGCUGAGAACCCCAUGAUCAACGGAGAGGUCAUCAGACUGGACGGAGCCAUUCGCAUGCAGCCCUGAGACUGUGUGUGUGUGUGUGUGUGUGUGUGUGUGUGUGAGUGAGUGAGAGACGUUGAUCAUCAAAUUAAGAGAAAAUGUUUGUGUGUGUGGCUGUCUGGUCUAAUUAUGUUGUAGAAAGCUGCAUACAGUAAAUAUUCACUGUUAUUGAUCACAAACAUCAGUUUUGUGUGUGUGUGUGUGUGUGUGUGUGUGUGUGUGUGUGUGUGUGUGUGUGAGAGAGAGAACAUUCAGAGCAUUGCAGUACUGUAUGGACUCUACUUUGGUUGUUUUGUAAACUAAUCCAGGCUCUAAUAAAGCUCACGUAUGUUUGA